AUGGCGCUUCAAACGAAACUACCAAAAUUGAAGCCUAAAGAGGAAAUCGGUAUAAAAGCUGCUCAUUUGCUAGGUCCGAGCUUAGAAUGUAAGUUCGAUGAAUUGAAGUAUGAAAUUCUGAACAAAAUCGAUAAAGAAGUCAACGAUUCUAAGAACGCCAGAGAUUACAUAUCACAAAAGUAUGAUGAACUUUGUAAUAAAAUCCAGUAUUUGUCAGAACUGGACUCUACCGUUCAUGGGUUUAGAAGUGACGUAAAAUCUAUAGAGAAACAGAUAAUAGAGCUGGCAUCUAGAGUCGAUGAUAUUGAAAAAAGGACAAUAUUCAAAGAAUGCCCAUCUAUAACUUCGUCUAUAAUUGGAGAAGUUAAA